AUGGACCGGAGUCACCAUGGACCAAGCCCCGUUGUCGAUCCUAGCCGCUCGUACAAUACGAUUGUUGCACUAGAUCCGAUCACCGAUAUUGAGAGCAUGAAAGAAUCAAGGCAUGUAGCCAUUGGGUUUGAAACUUAUGAUGGCACCAUUCGCGACUAUCGUGGUUCGGCAACAUUUGAUCGUUUUGGAGUCACCGCCUCUUACCGCUUCCUUAUCCACGGAGUGCAAGUAUCAAGGAAGGCGGAUGGGUCAAUGCCUGAUGACGACGGAGAGGUGAAAGGAUCCGUCGAAACACAGGAGCUUCGCUUGACCAGCCGCUUUCAGUGGUACACCAGAAGCCACAAAAUCAAAGGAAAGGAAACCUUUGGUCGCAUCAUUAGAAUGAGGUUCCUGCGUCCGGAGGAAGAGGAGCACCCCCAUGCGCUGAGGCAGAUUGAUGUUAUUGUUCCAAUGUCAGACACCGAAGACAAAGGCAAAUUGCUGGAGCUUGCCAUCCAACAAGCUACCUGCCUCGUCGAUGCCAACAUUGCGGAAGGAAAGCUUCACCAAGAGAGGGCUCGACAAGAGGCCAAGAUUUCCCUUCGAAGAGGUCCUCUAUAA